CUUCAAUCAUAUUAACACUAGCCCUUCAAAAAUGGCUCAACCUCUCACACAACCACAGCCUCAAGCAACCAAAACCAAACCAAAAACUUCAAUCCUACGUUACAUUGCUAUGAUAAUUUUAUUCUUAAUAAUUCUUGUUGGCGUAGCAGUUCUCAUAAUUUGGCUAGUUCUAAAGCCAAAGCAUUUGCAAUACAGUGUUGAAGAUGCUGCAAUCCAUAACUUCAAUUUAACUGAUGCAAAUCAUCUCUAUGCAAACUUUGAUUUCACAAUAAGAUCAAACAAUCCGAAUUCAAAAGUGUCGAUAUAUUAUGAUUCUAUUGAGGUUUCGGUUCGUUACGAGGACCAAACCCUAGCAACAAAUGCGAUUCAACCAUUUUUUCAACCACAUAAAAAUGUUACGAGGAUGCAUGUGAGAUUAACCGCUCAAACUGUCGCGUUGUAUGAUUCGGUGCCGAAGGAUCUCAAGCUUGAGAAAACUUCUGGAGAUAUUGCGUUGGAUGUGUUCAUUAGAGCAAAGAUAAGGUUUAAAGUUGGAGUGUGGAAAUCGAAACAUCGGGUUUUGAAGGUCUUUUGUUCUAAUCUGUUGGUGAAUUUUUCUAAAGCCAAGACUUUUGAAAGAGACUCUUGUGAUGUUGAAAUGUAAACAAGCAUGCAAAUGGAGAAACACUCUAUCAAGACUUGAUACUCUCUAUUUUUCUGAAUAAUGAUGUUAUUAUUAUUUGUUUUUUUUAUUUUUUUGGUUUUUCUUUUGUGUUAAUUUUUUAUUUUUUUUUUGAGUUUGCUUUUGGUGAUAUGAUUUUUCUUUCAGUGAGUAUAUUAUUGUAAGAAAGUAAAAUUGUUAUUGUUCAUCCAAGUUAUGUUGAAAAUUGAAAGAAAGUAAAAUUGGCUAUUAUUCAUCCAAA